GGCCCGUCUCCGUCCAACCAUGGCCCGGCCACUGAACAUGGAUGCCUUACAGCAGAACUUCUGGAAAGAGGAGUACAACAAGGAGCUAAUGCUGCGUUUCGGCUGGCACCAGAAGUACGGGGCCCUCGUCAAGGCCAAGCAGGAGCGCCAGCGGGAGCGGCGCAAGAAGGCCGUGGAGACGACCCUCAAGCUCCCCUCCAUGAAGCCCCCGUUGCUCCAGAAGCCCAAGAGUCCUCCCCCCUCUCCGCCUCCUCCUCCGAAGCCACCCAAGGAAGACGAGCUGUUGGGGAUUGAUGUGCGGGUGCUGGAGGCCGAGAUGAAGCCAGCCUUUCGGGAGGUGCGCGCCCUGCUGUACCAGGGCACCUCCCACGAGGACGAGGGGCGCUAUCGCUACCUGCAGACUCGGGCGCUCCUCCGGCCGGAGGACAAGUACACCUUGCCCAUCACCACCAACUUCAACUACGGCUGGCAGAUGGGAAACAUGGCCCACACCUACGUGGCCCCCACACCCAAGUGCCGCAUCGACAGCUUCUUCCGCAAGAACGGGGCCUUCUCUCUGUUGCACCCACGGGACGUGGCCCUCUGAGCAAGGCGUUCCUCUUGUGGCCGUGGCUGCAAACAGGAUCCUACUGCCCUACCUUUUGAAAUUCUGGCUUCCUGUUGUGACCUUUAACCUUUAAAAACCUUUAAUGGCAUAAUUAAGAAAGACACUGUUAUAAAUACAAUUACCAAUGGAGUUAAGGUAGUUUGCUAAUAACAGAACACCAAAAGUUAGCCGGCGCUUCCAAUACUUCCGCAGUUUCAUGAUCUGAUAGUUACCAUAAUGGGUGAAUCCCAGAGGUG